AUGGUGGAGCUGAAGACGUCGGCUGUGCUGGAGGAUGCUGUCCCCGCUCUGCCUUCGCGACUUGGACAGAAUGACAAGGCUGCAUCGCCUUUCGAGGGCACCGAGAUCUGGCAGGGGGCUCCGACGAGUCGACUAGAGGAAUUGGCAGCGACAGCAGUACCUGCCCAAACCUUGGUCCUCCCCGACAUCCAGCUCGGACCUACCCAUCCCUCCCGAUAUCAGGAUCACUACCACAAUACCCUCGCUGAGGAUCUCCUCUACAUGACUUACGACCACAACAUGGCCUCUCCCUCUCCAUCCGCAUCCACGUCGACGCUCUCCUCUUCCUCCACCCCACCCAUCGUCGAUCCUUCCAGCUUGAACCCGUACCAGCUCAAUCGACCAGCACCUCCUCCUCGUGGAAACCGACCUCUCAAACCCGCUACCCGGCCCGUGACAGCUACGAGCGUACCCAAGCUCGAAUCCAUCGUCCUGCAUACCAUGGUCAAAGAGGCCAUCGGGAACAAACCCGCCAUGCUCUCCGCCAUCAUGGCGCUCCGAGCGAUCUCGGGCGAGACUUACCAGGGAGGAGGGAGAAAGGCCGCCUCGGGGGUCCAGGUGCUCGUCUCCAAGUCCGGAGCCGCAGCGUUCAAGCUCCGAGCGGGGAUGCCCGUCGCCGUCAAGGUCGAGAUCAAGGGAGAGGCCAUGUACGACUUUGUGCAGUCCCUCGUCGAUUUCGUCCUCCCUCGCUUGCGAGAGUUCCCCGGAGUGACCCUCCCCUUGCUCUCCGCCAACAAGAACUCUCCGUCAGCCACGUCCGGUGUGGUAGCGUUCGGGUUGGAACCGGCCGCGAUGGGCUUGUUUCCGCAGAUAGAGACCAACCUGGAGAGUUACCCCAAGAUGCACGGGUUUCACAUGCAGUUCCUCACGAACUGCAAGGGAAAGGGAGCGCAGGAUCAGGCGAGGGCGUUGUUGAGCGGGAUGAGAAUUCCGUUCACCAGGCGAUGA